AUGCCCCAAUCUAGCCACACCUCCACCACGAGCUCUGAUUGGCAAGCCCCCCCUGCUACAAUCAAGGAUCGUCAGUCUCUAGGCGCGUCUCGAUUCAUCAAAUUAGCUGACAAGCCCCGCUCUUAUGAUGCCAGUGCUGAUACUAACAGUCGCCCUGUGGCUCUGUGGCCCCCCCAUCCCGCAUGUCUGCACCGUGCACCCAAACUCUUUGGGUCGGUCGACGACGAACGCAGCAAGGAUUAG